AUGUGGAUUCGGAGCUUUUUAAUCGGCCGCUCUCAAGCCGUCCACGUCAGUGACCAACAAUCUGCCGAGGUUGCCGUUAAGAGUGGUGUUCCCCAAGGCUCUGUUCUUGACCUUACACUGUUCCUCGUAUAUGUCAAUGACUGCGCCAGCGAACUGAAUUGCGAUGUCGCAAUGUUUGCCGAUGACAUAAAGAUCUGGAGUACCAUACGAAGCGAAGUUGACGAGGCGCGACUGCAGACAAAUCUGGACCACCUCGAGCAAUGGUCGAAAGACUGGCUUCUACCGUUCAACGUAAUCGAGUGUAAUUUCCUACGCGUCGGCCGAACCAGUUCUCCUAACCACACGGUCUACCGUCUGACUGGCAAACCACUGCAAGAAGUCGAAGCCCAGAAGGACUUGGGUGUAUGGAUCACAACCUCGCUUAAGCCUUCGCUGCAAUGCUCAAAGGUAACCAAGUCGGCGAUGUCCAUUCUAUACCUCGUCAAACGGGCGUUCUCCUGUUUGAUGAAGACUGCUUCGCCAAGGUCUUUCAAACUUCCGUGCGACAGCAUCUGGAGUUUGCUAUCCAAGCAUGGAGACACGGGACCGUUAAUGACUUGGGCAUACUCGAAAAAGUUCGACGGCGAGCAACGAAACUUGUAUCUGGGCAGUGGUCACUACCCAACGAAACACGAUUAG